AAGGCAAAAAUGUCGCGUGUCGCCGUUCUUGGAGAACCCCGGCUUUGGAUUGGAGUCUUGAUCUGCAUGGUUGUAACGUUUGUGCUGAUCAAUGUGAGGAAGCUCCAACCGAAUGCUGAUGAGAAUUAUGGACGCUUAGAUUACAGUCUCGGUCUUCUCAAACAGGAGAAGGAGCGCGCAUUGUGCUUGGUGAUGACGUCACGUGGGAGCCUGAGCACGAAGGCGCGUGUUGUCAUUAACACGUGGGCCAGACACUGUACCAAGGUGAUCUUCAUCAGUUCAGAGACCGAUUCCCAAUUCCCAAUAGAAGGAGUACGAGUUGACGUCAGCCGGGAAUACUUAACUGCCAAAACAAUGCAGGCUUUCCGCUACAUCUACGAAAACCACUUUGAUGAUGCUGACUGGUUCAUGAAAGCUGACGAUGAUACAUAUAUUAUUUUAGAAAAUCUCCGAUACUUUCUGACGUCCCAAAACAAAUCCGAACCUGUAUUCUUUGGCCAUCAUUUCAAGUCAAUUGUCAAACAAGGAUUCUACAGUGGCGGCGCGGGAUAUGUGCUGAGUAAGGAGGCGUUGAGGAGAUAUGGGGAGAAGGGACACGAUCCCAAACUGUGCAGGCCUGAUGGUGCUGGAGAAGAUGUAGCGUUCGGCAGAUGUAUGGAGAACCUGGGGGUGAGGACAGUCAACACAACAGACGCCUCGGGAGGAGCAGAUUCCAUUGUUUUCGCUCCUGGAUAAAUCUAUUUCGUGGAACUCCAGGUUUACAUUUCGUAUAUGAUGCCAAUGGUGCCA